AUGGCUAUCACCGUGAGAACUUUAGUGGCAUUUGUUUUCACUAUCUUUAUCAUCAUAUCUUUUGUUCACAGUCGUACAACAACAUCAGGUUAUGGAAUGUUGUUUGACGCUGUGGCUUGCGAGGGAGGAUUUGAAUAUUGUCCUCCUGGUGGUGGAGACGCCAAGUGCACUGCCUUCUGUAAAACCUUGCCAAACAAAUAUGAUUUUGGAGUAUGUAGUAAGAUAUACGCAUGUUGCUGUCAUAAAAAUGUUUAAAAAUAAAUAUCUCGAAGAUUAAUUAAUUUAAUCAAAUGUAUUGGUAUUUCCUUCAAUAAA